AUGCUCUGAGCGAAACAAGUGCAAGUCGACAUGCGCGACGGAGGACUCAUGGGCAUCAGCGAGCCCCUGGAGGCGUCCCGCGGCCACGCCUUCGCCACCCACGCGCCCUCCAUCUCCUCGGCCGCCUCCACCAUGGGCGGCGGCCGAGUGAGGUUCGUGAGGCUCAUCAGGAGGCCGGGCGAGUCCUACGGGUUCAGCCUGAGGGGCGGCCGGGAGCACGGCACAGGCUUCUUCAUAUCCCACGUCGAGGUCGGCUCCGAGGCCUACAUGCAGGGCCUGAGGGCCGGCGACCAGCUUCUGCGUGUUAACAACCUGAGCGUGGAGCGAGCUGUGCACCACGAGGUCACGGCGAUGGUUCAGGGCAAGUCCUCCGUUGUUCUGAAGGUCAAGAGCGCCGGAAUCAUCCCAGUCAAAGAACACCGCGGAGACCCCCUGACGUGGCUGGUGGUCGACGACGACGAGGACCUGUCAGACCACGGCACGGACACGUACAGCCAGUCCCUGCCCUCAGCCCACGAGAGCGAGCACGAGCAGUUCGACCAGGCGCCCCCCACGCAGCCCAGCGUCGGCCAUGGGGGCAACGAGAACCACGCACGAGUCUAUAUCUCUUGCACGGGGAAGGUCGGCCUCGGGUGCAGCAUCUGCAAGGGCCCGGCAGAAAAGCCUGGGAUCUUCGUGCAGAGCGUGCGUGGCGGGGGCGUCGCGAGGAAUGCAGGUCUACGGCCGGGGGACCAGAUCAUCGCCUGUAAUGAUGUUAGCUUCACACACUUGGAAUUUGCCGAGGCGGUGUACGUGCUGAAGUCCUCGCCGCGCCUUGUCCUCGACGUCAUCCGCGGCGCCGGACUCGACCUCGUGGCGGGAGAGUCCUCGGGUUACAAUUCCUCGGCCUCGUCAGUAGCGGGAGACCAGACGCCGCCGUCUUCGUCCUCCUCAGAGCCCAGGGACUCGGACCACAGCGUCACCAACAGACUAAGUGCCGUGAGCCGCCACCUGACCCUCGACCGGUCCCGCGGCUGGAGGGAGAUUGAGUCCGAGUGGGCCGAGGCCGAGGCGCAGGAGAAGCGCAGGGUGCUGCAGACGAAUCAGCGGACGCUCAAGACACGCGCGCAGCGUGACGCCAACCACCGUAUUGGCAGCUCCUUGAGCAGCAGAUCCCUCGGCAACCUGAGUGCAGCCCUAAGGGAGGAAGAAGACGAGGAGCAGCGCACCGCUUUCAGAGAUGCCCCGACUUCGCAGGCCCACCCUUCGCCCGCCCGCGGCCUUCUCACGCCCACUCACGCUCACUACAAACCCGCCCUGAGGAGCACCCGGUCCAGCAGUGACGUAACGGAUGACACGAGCCACAAGAUCGCCCUGGUGACAUCAGCGGAUCCGCAUGUGAAUAACAUCGUGGUGACGACGGGACCCAAGGACGAGCGGGACGCCGUCUCGCGCCUGGAUCAGCUCUCCAACCCGUCGGCGAGCAGCAGGACGUCGACCCUGAGCAGUGGUUCAUCCCAGGUGACAGUGCGGUCCUCCUGCGGUAGUGGUGGGUCUCCCACAGUGGGCAAAGCGGUGUCCAGGGAGUCUGUGGUGGAGCAGCAGUUGAGGGAGCUGCGGGAGGAACAACGCCGCCUGCAGGAGGAAGCUAACAGACUGGCACAAGAGAGAAGAAAAUUUGAGGAGGAGAAGCGACGUGGGGUAGAGCGUACUCAGAGCGCCCCGUUGGCCCCCCUUGUGAUCACCUGCUCGGGACAGGCCCUUCCCCCUCACCAACAGCCGCCCCCCAGUCCAACAUCGUCCAUCGCCAGUGGGCGCCACACAACGCGGGUGUUAAUCAAGUCCCCACCACCCCCUCCACCACCUCGCAAAAAUACAACCUCACUAUCCUCCCGUAGCAGCUUCCAUCCUCAACAACAGCAGGUUUCUCCCCCUGCUUCUCCAGCUCACAGCAGCAGCAGUAGCAGUGGAGUUGGGUCAUCCUGUGGCUCCUCCGCUGCUCCAAGGCGGUGCAAAAGCAUUGGGUCCUUGUCUGCUAGUAGUGGUGAGAGUGCAGUGUGGGAAGACUCGCUCAUUCCCACUCAUCCCACCCUCGUCAAUACACAUUCAGGAUUUCGGUCUUCCAUGCCUCCUCCUACUCCUCCAAAACCUCCUGCACAUUCAGCAGCACCCAUGAGUAGCACAAAUAGCCCCUAUACCUUAGGAGGAGUUAACCUAGUUUAGCAGCAGCCCUUAGUAAGGAAUUGGAGCGACGCAGUGCCCAAGAGGCACAGUCAGGUGCAAGUGAAGAUGCAAAAGCUCAAAUUAUUCAGGAAAAAAUUGAUGCAUUUAAGAAAGAAAAAGUGAAGAGUGGGCUUGGAGGACACAAUACUGCUCAGCAUGACAAGCUGAUGCAGGAAUUUAAAAUUGCUCAUAAGAAAAUGUUUGUUAGCAAAGAGAACUUGAGGGACAUUUCUAGUGAGGAAGAUAAGGAGAAGAAAGAGACGAAACCAGAAGCAAAACCAGUCAACUACGUAAAAGUCACCGAAACACCCCCAGUCCCGAGGGAGUUCACCUCAAAAAUCAUCAGCAACAGCACCAUCAACAAGACGCCCCUCAGAGCAAUGAACAACGUCUCAAAAACACCGAGCUUGAUGAAUGGCCUAACAACUCCUGCCAAGACCACCAGCAAGCCCAACUUCCUUAUAAGAGAAGCAAACAGUAAUGUCAAUGGCAAGACUCCCAUUGCAAAUAUAUACAACGUUAAAACAAGCCUGCCAUCCUCAUCUCCAUCAACAAACCAGGUAUCCCCUUCCUCUAUACCUUUGACAAGUCUCAACCUCCCAUUGUCCCUGCCAAACCCAACCCCAAAACAAGUGUAAAUAGUCCUCACACUCAACCUAUGUCUGCCUCUACCUCCAGUCACAGUAUUUCUAGGCCUAAAUCUAUGGCCAUGUCAAACUCUGGCCUCGGCCACUCUCCUCAUCAGUCCCGUUCACCAGCGUCAGGAGUCCCGCCCCCCCCGCCCCCAAUGCCCGGGAUGUGCACCCUGCUUCCCCCUGCUCAGACUGAGCAGCUUGGAGGCAUCACCACAAACCAGUCAACUUCAGCAGUGUCAACACCCACGAAAUCUCCACUACGUCCUCAUGGAGGAGUUGUGUUAGACGAGUUCAAACCAGGAGAAAAAAACUCCUUAACAGUAAAGCCACCAAACACCUACUUUGACGCAGGAAAGCAAACCUCUGGCAAACCUCUUGUCUCUAUUGGUGCAUAUCCAUCACCCAACCACAGACCACCACCAGUCAAAAUGGACUUCCUGCCCUCACCCAGUGCCAAUGGGGAACAGACAGCAGGUGCAGCUAAGAAUUCCAACACCCCUGUGAAGGCAAAGCUACAGAGUGAACUUGAAUCUACCCUGAGUCGCUCGAACCUCCGUCAGCGUUUUGCUGCUCAGGAACUCCCCCCGGAUCCUCCCUCAGAAGCUUCAGGUACUAAGCAAGAAUCCAAGUCCUCAAGUUACACCAGCUUCAUUAUCAAGUAAAUAUCGGACAUUAGGCCAGGAUGCUCCUUCUGUAACCAUAAUGAAAGGUGGUAGCGGCAAGGAAAAUGAGGCCCCAGACUCCCCUCCUACAGGUAUCCUGAAGGCUUCUGGCCCAUCUUCCAUCAGGCCCCUGCAGAAGUCCAUAUCAUUCGGUGAUGUAACAACAGUAGGUGAGGACGACCCACGGACGUAGUAGCUGAGGUGUUUCAUCUUUUCAUCAUCAAGAAUUAGGGAAUAUGUUACUUUACUCAGUGUUGAUGCCAUAUAUAGAAUGAUUUUCAUUCAGAUCUUUGUACCACUUUCUUGUUUCCCUCUUUUGUGUUCUGGUAUUCAGAAUAAAUGUAAAUAUUUUUAAAUUAAUACUUCUGUAUGAUAUUCUGGUCACUGUAUUUUUUAAGACAUAUUUUAAUUGUUGUAUUAUAGUGCUACACUUCUCAUAUUUCCAAUGAAGGACUUUUAGCAUAUUAAAUAUUCAAAUCUUUACAUUAUGUUGUUGUCCAUCAACAGUUUUUUGUUUAUAAUGUACUGCAUUAGGUUCACCAUAAGAUGCUGUACCAUAUAUUCAGGUAAUAUUAACAACAAAACUGAUGUUGCUAUAGUAAUUUUAUUGUUGAUUAUAUUUGUCACCAUAUGUAUGAAUUUAUGUAAAUAUUGGCAUUUUAUGGUUUGGAUAAUGGUUUAUGUACAUAUAUUAUGUGUGUACUUAUGUACUUGAUGAUGCAGCCCUUUACAAAUCAAGUUUAAAUAUUGUAUCAAAAACUUCCCUCACUUUCUAUACUUUAUAAACACUAACAGUUACAAUAAAGCCAAUAUAUGAAAUUAUA